GGGACGGCCUCGGGGCGGGGCCUCGGAGCAAGGCACGGCAGGGCCAGUGCUGCGGGAUCUGGUGGAGGGCGUGGAGAGGAGCGCGAGGUCUGGCGGCAUCAAACUAGGAAAAGUAAUUAGGAAUGGCUGUGGAGGAACUUCAGUCCAUAAUAAAGAGAUGUCAAAUCUUAGAAGAGCAUGAUUUUAAAGAAGAAGAUUUUGGCCUGUUUCAAUUAGCAGGCCAGAGAUGCAUAGAAGAAGGGCAUAUAGAAGAGCUAUUAGAAAUUAUUCAAAAUGAAAAAAAUAAUGUCAUCAUCAAGUCUAUGGGCUGGAAUCUGGUUGGUCCUGUUGUUCGGUGUCUUUUAUGGAAUGAUAAAGAUGAAAAAAGAAAAGAAUAUUUUCUGACACUUGAUUUAUUGGUAAAGUUAUGUAAUCCCAAGGAAUUGUUGUUGGGUUUGCUUGAACUGAUUGAAGAACCUUCUGGAAAACAGAUAUCCCAUAUUAUUCUUCUUUUACUUCAACCACUACAAACAGUGAUUCAGAAACUUCACAACAACAAAGCAUAUUCAGUUGGAUUAGUAUUAUCCACCCUUUGGAGUCAACUGUCUCUUCUUCCUGUUCCAUACUCAAAGGAACAAAUACAGACUGAUGACUAUGGCCUUUGUCAGUGUUGCAAGGCCUUAAUAGAAUUCACCAAACCUUUUGUGGAAGAAGUAACAGAUGACAAAGAAAACAAGGAAAAUGAAAAAUUAAAAGAAGAGUUGCUGAAAUUUUGUUUCAAAAGCUUGAAAUGCCCUUUGCUGACAGCACAAUUCCUUGAACAGUCCGAAGAAGCUGGAAAUGACCCUUUCAGAUGUUUUGCAUCUGAGAUAAUAGGUUUUUUAUCAGCAAUUGGAUACCCUUUCCCCCAAAUUAUUCUUAAUCAUGGAAGGAAAAAGAAGACUUGGGAUUGCCUUGAACUUGAGGAAGAAGAAGAUAAGCAAUUAGCAGACUCAGUGGCUUCUCUGGCUUACCUAGUAUUUGUCCAAGGCAUUAGGAUUGAUCAGCUUCCAUUGGUCUUAAGCCCAUCCUACCUUUUGCAGUUGAACAUGGGACAUAUUGAAGUCUUUCUGCAAAGAACAGAAGAGUCUGUUUUCUCCAAAGGAUUGGAACUGCUGGAGUAUGGUUUAUUGCGGCUAGAAGACAACAGCCUCCUUUAUCAGUAUUUAGAAAUCAAGAGUUUUCUUACUGUUCCUCAGGGCCUGGUUAAAGUAAUGACACUUUGCCCUAUUGAGACAUUGAGGAAAAAAGGGUUAGCGAUUCUCCAGCUGUACAUUAACAAGCUGGAUUCCCAAGGCAAAUACACAUUGUUUAGGUGUUUGUUGAAUACAAGUAAUCACUCAGGUGUGGAGGCCUUUGUUAUUCAGAAUAUCAAAAAUCAGAUUGACCUGUCACUUAAGAAAACAUAUAACAAAUGGUUCAUUGGACCACAGCUGAUUUCUCUUCUGGAUUUGGUAUUGUUUCUCCCAGAGGGUGCUGAAACAGAUCUACUGCAAAACUCAGAUAGGAUUAUGGCUUCAUUAAAUUUACUGAGGUAUUUGGUAAUCAAAGAUAAUGAAAAUGACAAUCAAACUGGAUUAUGGACAGAGCUUGAAAAGAUUAAGAAUAAUUUUUUAAAGCCACUUCAUACUGGACUCAAUAUGUCAAAAGCACAUUAUGAAGCAGAAAUUAAAAACAGCCAAGAAAAAAGCCAAGUAGUCCCGAUGUCUAAGGAUCUUUGCUCGAUAACUGUAGGUGGAGAAGAGAUCCCUAACAUGCCUCCUGAAAUGCAGCUUAAGGUCCUGCACUCAGCGCUUUUCACAUUUGAUUUAAUUGAAAGUGUUCUGGCUCGAGUAGAAGAACUCAUUGAGAUAAAAACAAAGUCUACCUCUGAAGAAAAUGUGAUAAAGUAAAAGUUCUAUUUCAUAAAUAAACAUUAAUAAAACACUA